GGGUCGUGAUCGUCGGCGGGCGUCGCACAAAGGAAGGGCCAAGAAAGCAAUGGGGGCCAAUCUAGGGUCACUCAUUCUCUCCCGCUGCCGAGCCAUCAAAGAGGCACCAGACCCGUGCUCCGCACCCCAAGUCUGGUACUUGGCAUUGGUUGGCGGAUUCCGCAAAGAGAUCGACACGACAAAGAACACAUCUCUACCCAAGGGUGUUUGUGCCGUAAGAAACGCGCGGCAGAACAAGCAGUCAGCACGGCAGAGCGGCUUGGACCAAGAUAGUCCUUCUACAGCAACUACCUGCUUUUGUGCUGCGUCUCGACCAGUCGGCGUCACUUGGCUCUCCGGUUCCAACCAAACAUACCAUGGCAAUAUGAUAUAUGGAACCCAGAUAAGCGUUACAUUCGCCUUCACGGGAACCCGCCCAUCCCCGCUGCCCUGCAGUUGUGCACCACUCGCCAGCCGAUGA